AAGCUGCUGCCCCCUCGCGGCUCCGCGGCGGCGAUGGACUCGAUCAGGGACGGAUGGUUCACGGAGACGAGCAGCCUGUGGCCGGGCCAGGCGCUCUCGUUGCAGGUCGAGGAGGUCCUGCACAGCGCACGAUCCAAGUACCAGGACAUCCUCGUCUUCAGGAGUAAGUCGUAUGGGACGGUGCUGGUUCUCGACGGCUGCAUCCAGUGCACGGAGCGCGAUGAGUUCGCCUACCAAGAGAUGAUCGCUCUCCUGCCCCUCAACUCGCACCCUGAUCCCAAGCGGGUGCUGAUCAUCGGAGGAGGCGAUGGCGGAGUUCUGCGUGAGGUCAUCAAACACCCGGCCGUUGAGUCUGUGGUGCAGUGCGAGAUUGACGAGGAGGUGAUUGAAGUGAGCAAGCGCUUCCUUCCGGGUAUGAGCUUGGGCUUUGCGAGCCCCAAGCUAUCGCUACACGUGGGCGAUGGCUUCAAGUUCAUGAAGGAGAACAAGGACUCAUUUGACGUCAUUAUCACCGACUCCAGUGACCCCAUCGGCCCAGCUGAGUCACUGUUUCAGGAGAGCUACUUCCAGCUGAUGAAGACGGCGCUAAAGGAGGGCGGCAUCUUGUGCACGCAGGGCGAGUGCCAGUGGAUCCAUCUGCCCCUGAUCAAGAAAGUGACCGGGUUCUGCCGCUCCCUCUUCCCCACCGUCGCCUACGCCUACUGCACCAUCCCCACAUACCCGUGCGGCCAGAUCGGUUUCACGCUCUGCUCCAAGAACAAGGAUACAUGUUUCCGGAAUCCGCUGCGGGAGUUCACGAACGAGGAGGUGGUGGCUAUGAAGCUGCGCUACUACAACUCCACGAUGCACCGCGCUGCAUUCGUGCUACCACAGUUCAGCGCACAGGAACUGGGGUUAAUGGACUGAAGAUGUAGUGACUGGUGAUGACUAUGAUGAUGAAGAUGACCACGAUGAUGUUUUAAGUAUUUUUUUAAACCGGUUGUAGUGACCUAUGAGGACGCGCUGGUGAGCUGGGUUGUGCUGCUCUUGGUUUCAGUGUGUGCACCUGGUGUCUGAACCUUGUGAGGGUGUAUAUCAUGUGUACAAGGUGUGUGUGUGCGCGCAUCUGUGUCUGUUGUUUCUGGGUACAAGGAUUGUGCAUGUCGUCUGCGUCUGAGUGUUACGUAUUUGUCAAGGUGUGUAUUUAAUCCGUUCAUGUACAAGGUGCGUGUUUUUUACAUUGCAUUUGUUAAGGGGUGUGUGUGUGUGUUUACAUUGUGUGCAAGAUGUUUGUUUACAAGGCAUGUAUAUCUGUGUGUGUGCAUCCGUGUGUGCGUUUACAUGGUGUGUGUGUACUGUGCAUUUUCAAACUUUACGUUUGCCAAGGGCUGUGUAGCGCAUGUACUGUGUGUUCACAAACAUCGUGUGCUUGUUAAAAGGCAGGUGCGUGUGUCUUGAGUGUGGUCUAGGUACCAGGAUUAUUUAAAUUAAUUGAAGGAAAAAUUCUACAGAAUAAAACCUAUCAAAUUAGAACCAAAAAGAUACCUUUAUUUAAAACUUAAAUUCUCAAAGUUUUGUUACAUUGCAAACUCUAAACAAACAUCUAUCUGGUAGGCAUGCAAUGAUUUGUUGAUAUAAGGUAGGGUCACGCGCACUAAUCAAUUCUUUCUAAUUUGCGUAAAUUAUCUCGUGUUUCCUCCAAGCUAAUGGAACUAAUGAGACAAAUUGGCUCUUGAACUGAAUCUUAACCUGAAUCAUGAACGGUUCGGUGAAUCAUGGUGGCGAAAGAAUUGGAUCUUGACGCCGAAAUCUGUGCAGUUGCGGUGAUAUGAGAAGCAACGGGGAGAGUGGGAAUACUUGGCUUUCCAGAGCUCGAAUGAAACUGGGAGUUUUUAAAACCCAUUGUUAAUCGCAUGGCGAUUACCGUGCAUGAAAAAUGGCACGUGAUAUUUUUAAAAAGUAAACUAUUACACGUACGCUGUUAAAAAUAAACUCGUAGAACAACGAUAUAAUGAGAUAAACUGAAAGAGAAGACAUUUCAAACCUGAGCAUCUGUUUUUACAAGACGUUCAUGGUAUUGGUGAGCACCUGUGGCGUGUAAACGUGCGUGCAUCAACGUGAGCUUGUUGUAACGUGUGUGCCUGCAAGCGUGCGCACAUGUGUAUCUGCGUGUAUGCGUUCACAUUCAUACGUCUAUUUCAGGGCGUGUCCAUGUGUUAGCGAGCAUCUAAUAGGCACUCGGCCUUAAUAGGUGCCCUUUAACAGAAGUUGUCUCAGUAGUGAAAGGAGUAAGCUCUGGGUGUGUGUGUGGUGGUAUAUAUGUGGGGAGUGGUGGCGUAGUGGUUAAUGCGCUGCGCUACGAACCCAUCGACCCGAGUUCGAUUCCCGCUCAUGGCCACCAACACCAGUGGCAGAUUAGCUGAACCUGUGCUUUUUCCCCCUAGGUCGACUCUGCCUCAAAUGAGUACCUGGUGCGGUGUAUAAAUAUUGCCACUUGGGAGACAAAGGCGGUCAGGCUUGGUACUGGCCACAUCACCUCGUAUGCCGUGCUGGCCUUCAUAGAUGCUCGCUAACAGCACUUGCCCCAAAAGUAUGUUAAAGGCUACACGGGGGAGUUUUGUGCGUAUUGCCUGCCUUGGAUGCUGCUUAUGUGCGUGCGGAACAAUGCCCUUGACGAUGUUGGGAUGUACUUGGUUGUUGUGGCGAUUGGAUCUCAUGUUGGCUCGCUGAGAUGUAGGUAACUCAGCGCUUUCACUGUCUUGGGUGAAUAAAGUAUAUACCAUGUCAGCAUCAA